AAACGCCGAGUAAACUGUCAAUUAGAACUUCCAUCUCGACCGCGUUUCUUGUCCGCGUAAGUCUUCCAUGGACCAACAUCAUCUUAUCCUGCCGCCUCCUUUGACCCGGUCACCGUCACCCUCCAAGCCUCCGAACAACGAGAACAACCGUAAUGGUCAUGUCGCCGAAGCACUUCGUAUUUACGCGAUCCAGGUUCGCGGCUUCCUCGAGGCGGCAGAAGUGGUUGAAGCCGAUCCGGACACUAUCGAAGAUAUCUUGGAAGGUUUUGAUAGUCUCAUGGGCCUUGAAGAUGAUGACGGCGAUGAGGAUAUUGAUCCUUGCGUCGAACCUAUUGAAGGUCAAGACUCUCCGGCCGGUGAUGAGGCCUUUGACGUCGACCGUGAAUAUCUCCAGGAAGCAAAGACCACUUGGUCGAAAGCGGAAGUCAAGCAACUAAUGACUGAUCUGAAGGAGCAUGGUCGAGGAUAUUUCAUUAACGAGUAUGUUGUGAAGAGGGCAAUUCCGAUACCCAGAUUACUCUAUGCGUUCGGCAUUUGUUUGUGUAAACAGCUUCGACAGAAACGUCCCAAGACUCUUCUGUAUUUUCUGGAGGUAGCCAUGACGCGCGAGCUGGAGUCUCGCGAGAAGCUACCUAUGUACAACACUAUAGAUGAUGCUGUAGACCUAAUUCGCAAGUCGAAACGUAUAGUCAUCCUGACUGGCGCAGGAAUAAGUGUAUCAUGUGGCAUUCCUGAUUUCCGUUCUCGAGACGGCUUGUACGCUAAUUUGCAACGUAAUGGGGAAUAUAACCUAGACGAUCCCCAACAGAUGUUUGAUAUUCACUAUUUCAAGGAGAACCCCGCUGUAUUCUAUUCUUUCGCUAGUCAAAUAUACCCCUCGAACUUCAUACCCUCGCCCUGCCAUAGAUUUAUUAAACUGAUAGAGGACAAGGGCAAACUAUUACGGAAUUAUACACAAAACAUUGACACCUUAGAAACCCGGGCUGGCGUCCAACGUGUUUUACAAUGCCAUGGUUCUUUCGCAACGGCAUCAUGCAUUAACUGUCAUACGCGCCAUCCAGGUAACGCUAUAGAAGAUGACAUCAUGAAUCACCGCGUGCCUUUGUGCAAAGGAUGUCCACCUAUACAACCUCCCACGAAACCCAAGGCAAAAAAGAAGCCCAAGAAGAAGAAUCUUUCCGUCUGGGAACAAGAUGACGAUGACGAUGAACCUGAUAUUCCUGCCUAUCCUCCUGGUAUCAUGAAGCCCGACAUCACAUUCUUCGGGGAGAAGCUCUCGAAUGAAUUCGAUAAAGCGCUGAUAGAAGAUCGACCGUUGGUUGAUUUACUUCUUGUCAUCGGCACCUCGCUCAAAGUGUCGCCAGUCUCAGAUAUCCUUACACACCUUCGACACUCGGUUCCACAAAUCCUGAUCAACAAGACACCAAUAAAGCAUAUCAAUCCAGAUAUCGUCCUUCUUGGCAAUGCAGAUGAAGUCGUUCAGUACCUUGUACGCAAGCUUGGCUGGGACCUUCCAGAACUACCAGCGCAGAAUGGGUCAAGCAGCCUGAAACCCGGAAACAUACGCACACGAAAACGUCCGUCUGAAGGUGUGGAGCCUAGUGAACCACGUCGUGUCGGCGAUAGUCAUGUUUGGUUGUUUGAAGGCGCGGAAGGCGGGAUGUGGGUACGGGAGUUGGAGAAACGUUACGAAUCGUCUACGGAAAGUACGCCAGAUGCAAGCACGAGACCGUCAAGCCAAGAUGGCCAGUCCAAGACGAAGAAACCUCGGACAACUUGAGUCCAGCUGAUUAUGUGUGUAAUCACUGUUCAUUACGGCAUUUACGAUUUUUUGUGUACUAAUAUCUAUCACAUCUAUGUACGUCUAUGUAUAGUUUAAUUAUACCAUGUAAUAUUCCCUUGUAUAUGCGACAAAAAUCCUUUGUCGUGGAGGACCAGCAGAAGCCGUUGCCUUAUAUGGACAUGUUGGUCCAAGUAAGGCAAUUUCUCUCAAGUGCAUUGUCCUUGAGGACAGUCCGUAUGACGCAAGACAAACAGAAGAGAUUAGGAUAUAAAUAUACUACUCGAUACUACUCGAUACACCGGAGGUAUCUAAAUCGCUACAUGCUCUAGACUACAGGCGAACAAUGAUACGACGACGAGGCGGGGAGAAAGAGAAUAUACAAAACGAGCAUCAUAAAGAUCGGCGUGUAUAAAGAUGCGGAGAAAAGUCCGUCAGAGAUGACAUGAUGAUGGAGGAAUAGU